AUGCCCCGGCGCGCGCCGCCAACGCCAACGCCAACGCUCGCGGGCCCGGGGCUCGCGGGGGCCGCGCGGGCGGCGGGGGGCGGCGCCGAGGCCCGCGAAUCGCCGCCGCCGCCGCCGGGCCCGGGGCGCCCGACACGCCCGGCAGGCCCGAGAGGCCGAGGCCGAGCCCGCCGCCCCGCGCCCCCCACCGCGCGCCGCCCGCGCGGCUCGUCCCGGCGGCGCCGCCGGCCCGCGAUGGCCCGGCCCGGCCCGGAGGAGCGCGGCGACGGCGACGGCGACGGCGGCGCGGAAGGCGAGGGCGCGGGCGAGGGCGACGGCGAGGGCGGCGGCGCGGGCCCCGGCGCGCAUCCUCCCGCGGCUCGCUCCGCCAGCGAGCGAGCGAGCGAGCGGACGAGCGGCACCGAGAGAGCGGACGACCCGCAGCGCCGGCCCGGAUGGAAUGCGAGCGCCCGCCUCCCUCCGAGGCGCUCGCUUCCAGGCACGCGCGCUCGGCCGGCUUCGGAGGCGCUCGGCCGCGCUCGGCUCCGCUCCGCCCCGCCCACUCGCCGCCCCUCGGCCCGAUCGGCCGCGCUCGGCUACGGCGGGCCACGCCCCCUCGGGCCCAAUCGGCUACGCUCGGCCGCGUUCGGAGGCGCUCGGCUCCGCCCCCUGCCCCCUCGGGCCCAAUCGGCCGUGCUCGGAUCCGCUCGGCGCCGCGAGGCCCCGCCCCCUCGCCCCCUCGGGCCCGCCCGGCCACGCCCCAGCGCGAGGCCCCGCCCACCGGAAGGCCGUCCCGUCCGCGAGGGGGGGCAGGCGGCGGCGGCGGCGGCGCCCGCGGCCCCUUUUCCGGCCGAGCCGCUUCCUGCGCGGCGGCUGAGGCGCCCGUCCAGCCGCGCCCGCGGCCGCCGCCUCCGGGCCCCGAAGCCACACGCGGCCCCCCGCGACCGCAGGCCCGCCGGGGGCGCUCGCUCGCUCGCUCGCUCGCUCCCUCGGCCGGGCCGCGCGGCCUGA